AUGAAUAACACUGAUCCUACCUCUUUUAAGAGCAUAUUAGAAGGUGUAAAAAGACUACGAAAAGAGCAUGAGCCUAAUGCUGGUGAUACGCCAGAAACUACUCAGAAAGAACCGAGUUUACAUAGACAUGAUCGAACUUCAACCACAACGACAACAUCAUCAUCACCAUUGGUAGAAAGGACACCGAUGUCUGGUGUAUCAUCUUAUGAUAAAGGGAAAGCUACAUCAACUUCACCUUCUAAAAUUGUUAAUGCAAUAACUAGAGAGGCUAUUCCUAUCAAGAGGCCAUUAAAUGACGAUGAGACAAAGGGUAAGUUGGACACUAGGAAACUUCCUGGAAAAUCAGUGCUUGUCAACACAACACAAAAGGAGAAUCCACUGUUGAACCAUUUAAAGAACACCAAUUGGAGAUAUAUCUCGUCGAGUGGUGGUAACAAGAUAUACUAUGAUUAUUUUGUUAAACAGAGAGCAGUACUGUUUCUAACAUUAAGUUAUCAUAAACUAUACGCAGAUUACAUUUCAAGAAGAAUGAUACCAUUAUCUAAAAAUGAUAACAACGUUCUGAUAUUUAUUGUGGACGACUCUAACUCAGAGGAUUCAUUAAGGGAGAUAACCAAAAUGUGUAUGUUCAACGGAUUCACAUUACUAUUAGCGUUCAAUUUCGAACAAGCAGCAAAGUAUAUAGAAUAUUUAAAUAAAUAA